UGCGCACUGUAUUUUUCCCAGCUGUCAGGCUGAGCAAGGUGAUGAUGUCUGUUUUACCCAGCAGCAGUGGCUGUAGUGCUUCCAUCAGUGACACUCCCUCCUCUUGAUCGUCUGAACCUAGAACACCAAACCUGCAGGGAAAGGCAUGGCUGAGCCGGGCCAGGGGCAGCCCCGGCUGAAUGCUGCAGCCCUUCAACAGCGGGUGUUGGAAUUGGAAGAGGCUCUGCAGAAAAAACAUCAGCUGGAGCAGGAGUUUAAUCAAAAGAGAGCCAGAUUUAAAGAACUCUACCUGGCAAAAGAGGAGGAACUGAAGAGGCAGAAUGCUGUAGUGCAUGCUGUCCAAGAAGAGGCAGACCGAUUAAAGGCUGAGCUUGUGGAAGCUCGUGCAGAGAUAGAGAACAUUAAAGCUGUUGCUACUGUAUCUGAAAACACCAAGCAAGAAGCUAUUGAUGAAGUGAAGAGACAAUGGCAGGAAGAAGUGGUAUCUCUACAAGCUAUCAUGAAAGAAUCACUUCGAGAUUAUGAGCUGCAGUUUCACCGUAGGCUCGAACAAGAGCGUGGUCAGUGGGGGCAAUAUCGAGAAGCAGUGGAAAGGGAGAUAGCAGACCUGAGGAGGCGACUGUCUGAAGGACAACAGGAGGAGAACUUGGAAAAUGAUAUGAAGAAGGCUCAGGAAGAUGCAGAGAAAUUGCGUUCAGUCGUUAUGCCUAUGGAGAAGGAAAUUGGAGCAUUAAAGGAAAAGUUAGCUUUGGCAGAAGAGAAAAUCAAAGAGUUAGAAGCUUCCAAGGUCCAGGAGCUAAAUCACUACCUGGAGGUUGAGAAGUCCUCCAGAACGGACUUGGAGAUGUAUGUUGCUGUACUGAAUACUCAAAAAUCUGUACUGCAAGAGGAUGCAGAGAAAUUGCGCAGAGAACUUCACGAAGUUUGUCAUCUUCUAGAACAGGAAAAGCAGCAACACAACCAGCUUAAGCACACGUGGCAGAAGGCAAAUGAUCAGUUUCUUGAAUCUCAACGGUUGCUUAUGAGGGAUAUGCAGCGUAUGGAGAGUGUGCUGACCACUGAGCAGCUCCGCCAGGUGGAUGAAUUGAAAAAGAAGGACCAGGCAGAAGAUGAACAACAGAGGCAUAGCAAGGUUGAGGGGCAGAAGCAUGAAGAAAGUGAGGAUGGAAUCUUGGACGUUAAUGCUCGGAUCCAUGGAGAGUCUGUGCUUACCUUGUCUGAAGAAGGAGUCUCUGUUAAUAGUGCACAUGGCUCUAUUCAUUCCUUGGAUGCAGACAUUUUAGUAACUGUUGGGGAUUCCUUUAUGAAGCAAGAGAAUGAUUUGUUUAAGGAUGGACUUCGAAGAACACAAUCUACAGAUAGUUUAGGGACAUCAUCUUUACAGUCUAAGACUCUAGGCUAUAAUAAUAAAGCAAAAUCUGCUGGAAAUCUUGAAGAGUCAGAGUUUGGCCCCUUGGUUGCAGCAGAGAACUUUGAAAACUUUGACAGCACUUCUCUUAUUUCUCUACAAAUGUCAAAUACCUUUAUGUUAACCAAAGAUCAGGAAAAAGCAAUUAAAGCAAUGACACCAGAACAAGAAGAGACUGCCUCUUUACUGUCUAGCGUUACACAAGCUGCAGACAGUGCGUAUUUGCCCCCCAGUGGAUAUCGAUUGGUUAGUGAAAACGAGUGGACUCUGCUACAGAAGGAGGUGUAUAAUGCAGGGAACAAGCUAGGGAGACGUUGUGACAUGUGUUCCAAUUAUGAGAAACAGCUACAAGGAAUUCAGACCCAGGAGGCUGAGACAAGGGACCAGUUGAAAAAGCUACAAGGGAUGCUACGGCAAGCAAAUGACCAGUUGGAGAAGACCAUGAAGGAAAAAGAAGAACUUGAGGAUUAUGUGAAACAAAGUGCUGAAGAUGCUAGUCAUCAGGUAUCUUCUUUGAUGGAACGUACACAGGAGUCUGAAUCAUUGCUGAGAGAGCUACAACAAGUGUUCUUACAGGCCAAAAAGAGUGCCCAGGAACAAAUGGCAGUUCUGAUGCAGUCAAGAGAACAAGUCUCUGAGGAACUAGCAAGACUUCAAAGGGAAAAUGAGAGUUUAGAGGGAAAGCACAGUUUACACAAGUCGCUGCAGCAAACAGAAGACUUUACCCUUCCAGAGUCUCUACAGGAUCUCCAAGCACUGGUACUGAAAUACCGGGAAGAUAUCAUAAAGGUGCGGACAGCAGCAGAUCACCUGGAAGAAAAACUGAAAGCAGAAAUCCUGUUCUUAAAGGAACAGAUUCAAGCAGAGCAAUGCUUCAAGGAGAACUUGGAAGAAACCCUACAGCUUGAAAUUGAAAAUUGCAAAGAGGAAAUAGACAUCUUGGAAGCUUCUUUUUCUAGUUUAAAAACCGAAUUAAAUCGAAUUAAAGCAGAAAAAGAACAGUUGGAGUCCAGCUUGCAGGAGAAGACACAACAGCUGGAGAGUUUGCAAGCCAUGAGUAACACUUUAGAACAACAACUGAAGAGGGAGACUGCUGCUAAGACUGGUCUUGAACAUAUGGUUUAUGAAGAGAAGAGUAAAGCUCAGCGACUACAGACAGAAUUAGAUGUCAGUGAACAGGUGCAAAGGGAUUUUGUGAAACUGUCACAAACUCUGCAGGUGCAGCUUGAAAGGAUUCGGCAGGCAGAAUCUCUGGGGACAGUCCGUGCCAUUCUGAAUGAUAUAAAACUGACAGACAUUAACCAGCUUCCUGAAACAUGAAGCUGUAAGUGGCAGGACAGUGAAGCUGCUGGAGUUUGUUUUUUAACUUGUCUUCAUAAAACAAAAGAAUUACAAUAUUAAUACUGGUAAACUCUACUAAGAGAGUGUGCAAGAGCAGUGGCCCACAGGUACCUGAAGAGAGCAACAAAGGAGAUGUAAAUGUUUCUGAUCAAAUGCCGUACAGGACCAGCAAAAAGUGAAAGAAAAAAGAGCACACAAAGUGAAUGAAUACACAGAGGAGUUUUCUAACCAGGAACACUAAUGAAACACAUUAUUAGUCACAUUUAAAAUGGAAUUUGGAUUAACUGUGAUGCAAGAAAUGUGACACACGUUUUUUUUUUUAAGAUUAUGGGUAAAUGCAGAUGAGAACUAGAAUAUAAUGUGAAGGCUAGGGCCAAUACUAUGUAAUAGUAAAACUGAAGAAGCUAACACAACUGCCAGGAAUUAUGAGGAUUUGGUAGAUAAAUUAGACAUUUCACAUCCCAGUUUUAAGUCUUUUGAUUGACUGCUGGUGCUUAUCUUCUUAAUGAAGACUCAUUUGCUAUUUGGCAGUCAGCAGCACUUAAAAAUGCUUGUGUCAGGGCUCCUCAUUUCACAGUACAUUUCAUUAAUUUUCACUUAUAUGUUUCAGCAGCUGUUUUAAGUGUAUUGACUCUGAGUUAAUUGGAAUAUCUUUUAGCACUUUUAAAGUGUCUAUGGCACACUGUUGGAUAGAUUCCAGGUUUAAAUCUAUUCAGAGCUGCUUAUGUAUACCCACAAAAUAUUAACUAGCUGCUGUAUUACAUUGCUGGGAUACUUAUAGAUGUGACUAGAGGAUACCCUUGGACUGCACCGUUAUUAGUCUAGUGGAUUAGACUGGAUGCAAAUAAAAACGAAGCAUACACCUUUACUGUUAUAGACACAUUUUUAGAGUAUGUAUUUUCUAUUUACCUUUAUGGUAAAUGCAUCAGUUUACUGCACUAGUGUUGUGACUCUGCAUUAUGGAGGUGGAACUUUACACCUUGUGGAGGGGAGAAUACAGAAUGUAAUGUGAUUGUACACCAAGGUAGAUGUAUUCUGAUUUCUGAAUAAGUCAUUAAUUUAGAAUUUGUGUUGUGUGGUAUGGAUGUAUCUUAUUGUCUGGGACUAGAUACUUGCUCUUUUAUCCAUUAUCCAGAGAUUUUAAGGAUUUGCUGGAGUGAAGACAGCAUUUCUUUCAAACCUUUGCUUGAUGCAACUGUGCUGAGUAUUCAUCUGAUAGGCUAGGAGCAUUUAGUCCCUUUUGUUCUACCAUACCAACAGUGAUGGUGUGACACAGACAGACAUACAUACAUACAUACAUCCCACAGGCCAGGCUAUACAGAGAUUCAAGUUCUGGGGGAAGGCUUCCACUCUGCUAAGAUUUGCUGUGGUGCAUGCUUCUUAUGUUCAGGAUCUAUCAUAGAAUGCACCAGCCUCUGUCCUAUUUUUACUGGAACACCAAAACAGAUUCUAGGCUAAAGGAAGAUAUUAAAGUCAAAAUGUGGAUGUCCAUCAUGCUAAUUAUCACAGAUAAUAGAUAUCAACACUGAGAUUAAUCGAACUGAAUUGAAAAAUGUCUGACAUAUGUCAGAUUAUAUAGAACAUCUCUGUUAAAGCAGACAGGAAGUUCUGUUAUUGUUAUCAGUAUUUCUGUAAUUCUUGGCUGUCCCUGAGUAUGAGGUCUACCUUUAUUUUAUCCUCCAGAAUUACUUAUUAGCCUGUUCAUCCCCAGUGAGAAAAGUAUAGCCCACACAGGUAACUGGCUGUACAUUUAAAACAGAAAUAACUAAUGUUUCAAUGUGCUAAAUUAAAAAUGCAAUGUUUAUAUAUAAAAAUAUGCUUUUAAAUAUUCUAAGCUUGUAUUUCCAUGUUUGAGUCUUCAGUUACUAUGAUAGCCUCCUCUGUUAUUUAACAGCAUCCAUGUCUAUCAUUCCGCUGACAAGUAUAUGGUUGUAGGAGCCAAACUUGCCAGUCUUUUUCAUGUAAACUUUAAAAUAUCCAUGUCUGUUGUGAAGAGAACCCUGAACCACAUUUACUAAAACUUUGAUUCUUUAAACCCA